CAAAGAAGAAUGGCCAUAGCAAAUCAUUCUACAUCAACCUUGUUUGCUUUACUGGGUUUAACACAGCAGCCAGAGCUCCAGCUGCCUCUCUUCCUCCUGUUCCUAGGAAUCUAUGUGGUGACAGUAGUGGGGAACCUGGGCAUGAUCCUCCUGAUUGCAGCCAGCCCUCUGCUUCACACCCCUAUGUAUUAUUUCCUCAGCUGCUUGUCCUUCAUCGAUCUCUGCUAUUCAACAGUCAUCACCCCCAAAAUGCUGGUGAACUUUGUAAAGAAGAAGAAUACAAUACUUUAUUCUGAGUGCAUGGCCCAGCUCUUUUUCUUUGUAGUCUUCGUGGUGGCCGAGGGUUACCUCCUAACUGCCAUGGCAUAUGAUCGCUAUGUUGCUAUCUGUAGUCCACUGCUUUAUAAUGUGACCAUGUCCCCUUGGCUCUGCUCACUACUUGUGCUGAUUGCCUUCAUCCUGGGUGUUCUGUCUGCUGUGGCCCAUACAAGUGCCAUGAUGAAACUGAGCUUCUGCAAAUCCCACAACAUCAGUCAUUACUUCUGUGAUGUUCUUCCCCUCCUCAAUCUCUCCUGCUCCAACACACACCUCAAUGAGCUCCUACUCUUUGUUGUUGCGGGGUUCAACUCCUUGGUGCCUACCCUGGCUGUUGCCAUCUCCUAUGCCUUCAUCUUCUACAGCAUCCUUCACAUCCGCUCCUCAGAUGGUCGGUUCAAAGCUUUUGGAACUUGCAGCUCUCAUCUCAUAGCUGUGGGGAUCUUCUUUGGGUCUAUCACCUUCAUGUAUUUCAAGCCCCCUUCAAGUAGCUCUCUAGACCAGGAGAAGGUGUCCUCUGUGUUCUAUACUACAGUGAUCCCCAUGCUGAACCCUUUAAUAUACAGUCUGAGGAACACGGAUGUGAAGAAAGCAUUGAGGAAGGUCUUAUUGGGGCAAUGA